CCCGUAUACACCAGUACGAAACGCGUAGCUAACUAUCGGACACCCCAUACAGACAUGCAUCCAGCCUCCUUUGUCAUCUUCUACAAACAAAUCGCAAAAUAAGGGAAACAAGUAAAGCGAGGUGGCUCUGAAUUUUUAUUAAGAGGAAUUCGAAACUUGGAGAUCUGUUUAUCAUGCACUUCGUUUUGGGGCUGUAGGUCGUGACUACAUUAUUCGAUAGGGUUUGUGAAUGAACUUACUGGUGGAGUAUCGACGUCUCACAUUCAUGAGCGCUACUUUUCAGUCAAGAGACUCUUUCUGAAUCCACCGGCUACUUCCGGUCUAUAAACCGGCUCCCAGUUUGCUGGGAUUCCCUUUCUCUCAUUCAUCUACAAAGUAAAACUUCUUUUUUUAUAUAAAAAAGGCGCAAUUCAGUAUAAACGCUUGGAAAGAAAAACAUUCAACCGCCGUGCUUGUCUGAGAAAGGAACUAUAAACGGGUAGAGGCUUACACGCCGACAAAUCAAUAGAAACAUCAACAUCAUCAUCGUCUCGAAUAAUGAUGGAACAAACCUUUGGUGAGGUGAAUCAACUUGGUGGUGUCUUCGUCAAUGGACGUCCUCUUCCCAACGCCAUCAGACUCCGCAUCGUCGAACUCGCUCAGUUGGGGAUUCGACCCUGUGAUAUCAGCCGCCAGCUACGUGUUUCCCAUGGUUGUGUCUCCAAGAUCCUGGCCCGUUAUAACGAGACUGGCUCCAUCCUACCAGGAGCAAUUGGUGGUUCUAAGCCCCGGGUCACCACUCCCAAUGUGGUCAAGAAGAUCCGUGAAUACAAGCAGCGUGAUCCGGGUAUCUUUGCUUGGGAGAUACGUGAUAAACUCUUAGCUGAGGGAGUCUGUGACAAGUACAAUGUUCCUUCAGUCAGCUCCAUCAGCAGGAUUCUCAGAAACAAGAUAGGAAACAACACUUUGUCUCAUCUUCAGCAUCACCCAUAUGAUCCUACCAAGGAUUCCCAUCGUUCAUUCUAUAACACUGCCCUGUAUCCUUAUCCUUGUGCCCCUGCACCUGCUGGAACCACGGCUUCUAAAGUAGCAGCGGCAGCAGCAGCAGCAGCUAACUCCUGUGCGAUGAGAUCAUGGCCAUCAUCACAUACUGUCAAUGAUAUCCUUGGAUUCAGACAUCUAGGAGCUGGAGACCACUCAGGUAAGACACUUAAAGACGAUUGUCUUUCAUGAUUAUGUAUUUCCCAUAAAAUAUGUUCGAUUAUUAUAUAAUCUGUGACCGCUUCAAUUGAAUUAUGAUACGAAUAUUGAAUUUGUUAAUAUGAAUUUAUAAAUAAGAAAUAGGAUUCUUCAUUGUCUAUUGGGAUGCACGAAAAUUUGCUGAUAAAAUGUCGUGAUUUAUUAUUUUUGUAAAGAAUGUAUAUUCAUAUCCCAUUCAUAUUUUAAAGAUAUCAUAAAAGUUAUAUGAUUUGGGGAUUCUUAUUUAAUUAUAGAUCAUAUAUUUUUUUUUUGG